AUGCAUCGGAGUUCCACAGAUAAGACUGGGACAACAAUAGUCAAUGGCAUGAGUACGUUGGCCGACUGGAUCUUUGCAGCCAUACCGACAAUGGUUUUAAUGCCCAAGUUCAUAAGGAAGAAAGAAGGAUUUGAUAGUGGUGAUGAUGACGAUGGAAAUUGUGAGUUGAUAGGAACCUUUUCUCUUCUUACCCAAGCAGGACUUGGAUUGCUUUGUUUAUCAUGCUUGGUAGUUAAACGAUACUACGAAUUCCCCUUAAGACGGAGCUGGCCAGUUUGGGUUAUGGAUGUACUGAAACAGUUAAUAGGUGCCAUGGGUGUUCACGUGUUCAAUGUGCUUCUUUCGAUACUCAAGACCCAACCUUCUAAUGGAGAUGUUUCGCAAUUGGUGGAUGAUAGUAACGAACCUGCUACAUCAUCUGACCCAUGUGACUGGUAUUUUUUGAACAUUGUGCUUGACUGUACCAUUGGAGUAUAUGUUCUUUUUUUGGUGUUCAAUCUGACCAAUAAAAUAUGUAAAAGGCAUUUUCAUAUGACCGAGAUUGAUUCUGGUAAUUAUGGCGAUGAUCCUCAAAGACCUUCGGUUAAGGCGUAUUUAAAACAAUUGGGCAUUUAUUUCACUUGUUUAAUGAUCACCAAAUUCAUAUUGUAUGGUUUAGUUGAGUGCUUCGAGACCCAAUUGCUUUGGAUAUGCAGCAACUUGAUCUUGAUAUGGCUCAGACCAUACCCUGAAGAGGUGGAGAUAUUCAUAGUACUUUUCGUGGUACCGAUAUUCAUGAACUGCCUACAAUUGGUGUUGAUCGAUAACUUUAUUCAGAACCAGAUGUUCUUCAUAGUUAAUGAAAGACUCCAUCAGGAAUAUGAUGGUCAAGGCGACGAAUCCGAGUCAGUGAUACGCAAUGAGAUAGACGACAUUUUGACUCAGGAAGGUUAUACCAAUCAAGUACUUCGGAAAGAUGGAGAUAAUUACGGAUCAAUAUAG